AUGGCGCGGGCCCGGUACCGAGCCCGCCGCGCACCGCGUUCUGAUUGGCCUUCUGAUGCUUUCCCCGCCUCCCCUUCCCCGAUCCGGCGCUUCUAUUGGCUCGCUGAGCUCCGAGGGGCGCUGAUUGACAGCGCGGCGCUGAGGAGGGAGCGCGGCUAUGGAGGCGUGCGGGCUCAGCGGCUGCAGCCCGGGGUGGGCACCGGGCCCCGCGGGGCUCGGCCCGGCCUCACCGGGGCUCCUGCGGGGCUCGGCCCUGCACCCAGCGGGUCGGGGCUGGGCCCGGGGCUGGGGCUGCCGCCGCCGCCGCCCCCGCUGGGCCUGCAGGGCCCCCCCGCGCCCCCCGGGCCGGGAGCCGGGGCCGUGCGGCCGCCCGCGGUGCUGCGGGAGGCGGUGGAGGCCGUGGUGCGGAGCUUCGCCAAGCACACGCAGGGCUACGGCCGCGUGAACGUGGUGGAGGCGCUGCAGGAGUUCUGGCAGAUGAAGCAAUCCCGCGGCGCCGAGCUGCGCAACGGAGCCCUGGUUCUCUACGAGAUGGUGCCGGCCGCCAGCCCCCCCUACGUGUGCUAUGUCACCCUGCCCGGGGGCAGCUGCUUCGGCAGCUUCCAGUUCUGUCCCACCAAGGCCGAGGCGCGCCGCAGCGCCGCCAAGAUCGCGCUGAUGAACUCCGUGUUCAACGAGCACCCCUCGCGCCGCAUCACCGACGACUUCAUCGAGAAGAGCGUCUCCGAGGCCCUGGCGUCCUUCAACGGCAACCGGGAGGAGGCCGAUAACCCCAACACCGGGAUCGGGGCCUUCCGCUUCAUGCUGGAGUCCAACAAGGGGAAAUCCAUGCUGGAGUUCCAGGAGCUGAUGACAGUUUUCCAGCUGCUGCACUGGAACGGGAGCCUGAAGGCCAUGAGGGAACGUCAGUGCUCACGCCAGGAAGUCCUGGCUCACUACUCCCACCGCGCUCUGGACGACGACAUCCGAAACCAGAUGGCCCUGGACUGGGUGAACCGGGAGCAGAACAUUCCAGGCGCCCUUUCCCGGGAGCUGGCGGCCACCGAGCGCGAGCUGGACGAGGCCCGGCUGGCCGGGAAGGAGCUGAGGUUCCACAAGGAGAAGAAGGACAUCCUGCUGCUGGCAGCUGGCCAGCUGGGCUCAGCGCACUCCUCUGGCUGCUGAACCCCAAAAUCCCAACCCUUGGUUGAUCCCCAAAACCCUUUCCCCAAGUCCCGGGCCGUUUGCACAUUUAGAGGAAAUUUAGGGAAAAAGCUCCUGAAUGGAUUUUAGCAAUUUCAUCCUGGUUUUUAGAGCUGCUUCUCAGCCUCCUCAUUCCUCCCUUGAGAACUCCUUAUUCCCUAGGGAACUUUUUUUCCCUCAUAAUCCCUACAGAUUUUUUCUUGUCCCUUAUUUUCGGGGUUCAGAUCCCAGGUUUUGUCCUCUCCUCACUCCAUCAUUGCUGGAGCAGUUGGGAUUCCAUGGAAUCCAGUGUUUCCUCUGGAAAUCCCAUUGGAUCCUCUCCCUCCUGCAAAAGGGAUCAAUUAGAGCUCCUUGAUGAGCUCCUUAAUUAAAUGAGUGAGUGCCAAGGCGUGCAAUAUCCACAUUUAAUUUUGGAAUUAAAUCUGGGAUCAGCCUGCAGAAUUCCAGGAUCUGCAGUUCCCCCCAUGGAAUUGCCCUGUCUGGAGGCAAACAUCAGCAUUGGAAGGUUGGAAAAGUCUUGGAGAGUUUGUGGAUGAGGGAGGGAUUUGCACUAAUCAUUCCUUAUCCUUUGUAUCCAUAUGGAAUUUAGACUAUAUUUAGCUUUAAAACCCCUUUUAUGGCAUGGAAUUGUUCAAACAGCUCCGAUUCCACCCAAGAAAAUGUCAGUUUAUCCAUGGAAAUUUCCAUCUUACUUCCCUUUUCCCCAGCAGACUGGGAGUACAAACUGAAUUCCAAGCCAGAAUUCCUUUUUCACCCCAGCUUAGAGCUUUUCCUACUUCUUAUUCCCUUAAACCCUGCAGAUUCCACUGUUCCCACCCUCCUCCUUCCCUCUGCCUGACCACAGGAUAUUCCAGCAAUAAUCAUUGUUUUAGGAUAAAAUUGGAAUAAUUCCAUUAUCUGUAGGUACCCCAUUUUUAUAUCCACAUCCUAACGAGCUUAUUUUGGGGGUUUAUAUAUUUUUUAUACUUUUUACAAACACUAAUAACAUUUGAUGUCGCUGGAAAUUGGAUUUUAAAAGGGAUGGGGGGGGGGGUUGUGGGGUGUAAUUUUCCUGAAAUAUUGGAAAAAUUUGAUUUAGGAGUAACAUGGAGUUAAUCCUGUAAUUUAUUCCACACCUAUGGGAAUCUCUGAAGCUCCUCCCAGUUUUUAUGCUUCGAAUAAACAAAUCCAGGAGAACUUUAGGAGUUCUAUUGUUGUGGAAUUAAAAAACAUAAAAAUUAAAGGGAAAAAAGCAGGAUAUUCCAUUACUUGUGAGAUCAAGGCGCCAAUUUGGAGGCUCCAGAUCUCCAUGGAAGGCUUAAAAUGAACAAAGUUCAAAUUUUCUCAGUACGGAGAAAGCCGUGCUCCUUAUUGGGGCAGUGGAAUUAUGGGAUAAACACUACUGUGGAUUUUCUACAAUAAACCCAGCGAUUUUGGUUAA